AAAAGGCAUCGGAAAAGGCGGUAAAGCGUCAACAUGUCCCGAUACAGUUCUUGUCUAAGUCCCCUUCGCGGGUGGCUCCGCCAUGGGCCGGACCCCCGGUCAAACGUGGAGCGAACGGUGGACUGGGUUGGAGUCUGAAUCAGGACCGUCCAUACUAG